CCCCUCCCCCCACCUCCGUCCCUCCUCCGCAAUCUCGCCGCCAUGGCGGCCGAGCCGUCGGAGCCCGACUCCUCGCAGGAUCCCGCACUCGCCGCCCCCGCCCCGGUCACGGCCACCGCCAUAGGUGGUCCCAACCCGUGCUGCGCCAAGCUCUGGAAGAAGUACCAGAAGGUUGAGGCGAGCCGCACGGCGCUGCGCGAGGGGGUGAAGCUCUUACAGGGCGCGAAUGACAAGCUGAUGAAGGAGCGCUCCGAGCUCAACAAAGUGUGCAAUGAGGAGCGUCUCCGAGGUGAUUCAGCUGAAGCAGCUAGGAUAUCUGAGUCUGAUGCCAGAGAUAUGUUAGAGAAAGAGAUAAUUGAAUUGAAGGCGCAGAACUCUGCAUUGCAACAGUCACAGAAUGUCUGCAAAAAUGAUAAUGAACUUUUACGCAUCUCUGAGUUGGAGGAUGAAAUUAGAAGGCUCAAACAGGUUUUGGGAGAAGAAAGGAAGAAAAGUAGCUCUGAGAAGAAAAUUGCCGAAGAACAAAAGGGCAAGGUUUUAGAACUACAGAAGCUACUGAAGAUGGAAACAAACAAGUCUGAAGAGUAUAAACGGCUUUCUGAUAUGGAAAGAAAAGCAGCCAAUGGUUUGAGGGCAUCAUGUGAAAAAUUGAGGAGAGAAGCGAGUGAAGCCAGAGAAAAGUUGGCUGUUCAGGUGAAGAAAGCAGAGGAAGCAAAUAAAAGGGUUCAAGUAGAGAAGCAGAAGGCUGCCAUAGAAAAGAAAUUUGCUGACUCAGAAAAAUCAUUAGUAGAAAAAAACAAAAAUCUGAUUGAAGUUGAGAGGAAAAGGCUAGCAGAAGAGAGGAGCUGUGCUGAACGUUUACUUGCAAAGUUAGAGGAGCAGAAGAAGUUGAAUGAAGAUUUACUUGUUAGCGUUGAGGUUGAAAGAAAGAAUUCAAUGGAUGCGAAAAGCCAUACGAACCAUCUAUCCAAGAAGUUGGAAGAGGAGAGAAAAAGAAGUGAAUAUUUACAGAGGAAGUUUGAUGAUUUAGGUGCACUUAGGGAUACAACUUCGUUUGGCAAACAUGGACAGCAACGCAUUGAUGUGACUACUGAAGGUGCAAAUAUAAGGCUUCUCAAGGAGAAACUUAAGCUGAAGAAAGAACAAUUAAAGCAUGUGAAAAAUGUGUCAAAGCUAGAUAAAGCAAAAAAUGCUUUGAUAAGAAGAGAGCUUCAGCGCCUUAAACAAGACUGGAUCCAAUUGCUGAGCCGAUUUAACAUGCUUGAUGACCAUCUUGCUGCGGAUGGUGUCGAAGGUAUUCAUGUGUUAACAGAGUUGAAACAACAUCCAGAGAAUCUGCUUCCACAUAAUCCAAUCGCUGCCCCAUAUUUCGGGUUGCAGGGUGGGAUAGUUCCUUUCAGUUCAUCUGUACCAAGGGACUACACUUCAUAUCAGUUACCCAGAGAAAGCUGCACAAGACCAAUCUCAGGUACUAGUUCUGAAUUAGAGCCUCCUGUUGGUAGCUCUCCCAGAACAGAGUCAAAACGUGCACACAGAUCUUCAUGUCCCACAUCCUUAUCUGAUAAAAAGUUCAUGGGCUCACAGGGUAAGGAUGGGCAAUUAGUUUCUGCAUCACCAGAUAUCAGAAGAAAGAAGAGCUCAGUGGCUCCUAAAUUAACCAGUAAAUAUAGUAAUGAUGCAAGGAAGCACGAUGAUAGAGCUUUACCUGUGGUUUCUGGUGAUUCUUUUCAAAAGAAGGCACUGUUCCUAUCUGGUGCUACAGAAGUUGCAGAUAAAAAACUCAGAGGGGAUAAUAAGAGAAAAAGGACUAAAAUGUCACUAAAAUUAACUGACUGUCUUCCAUCUAAGCAUAAUCGGCUGCAUUCGGAAAUGAAUGCUCAUAAUGCCACUUCAAAUGGCAUUUCAGCGUCCAAUGAUGAUCGGUCUCGUGUACACCAAGGAAAUAGCAUCAUGCCUGUUGUGAAUGAAGAUGACAUGCAAAAUCAUAGGAGGAAGUGCCAUGUUAAUGCUGAAAAAACUCCUUCAUUCAGUGCUUUUUCUGAAUCAAGAAAUGCUCAUGCUGUUAGCAAAUUUGUUUCAGUACUCUCUUUUGAGGAAAUGAUCAAGGGGGACUGCUUGAAAUUACUCAGUUUGGAUAAUGGUGCGGAUGAGGAAAGAUACAGAAGGGCGAUGGAGAGACCUCUUUCACCAGACCUGCCCAUAAUUCUACCGCAUACAACUAAAGCGCAAAUACAUGGCAGCUCCCACCAUUUGUCUGAUAGGAUGCCCAAUGCUUUUGAAUAUGAGAGAGAUUCUCCUGCCUCUGGAGCCAAUGCCACCGAUUUGGAGACACGGCCCAAUAUGCUGGGAGUCAGGGGACCUGCAAUUCAGAAGUUGACUCAGAACACUAGCAAGCUUGAACCAUCCUUUAAUAGGAUAGACUGUCGUGAUAAUGUUAAGCAGCUUUGCCCAAAUGAUAAAUCUAACUCAGAAGUCAAUAUUUCUUGUAGCACCAAGUCAGAUGAUGCACCAACUAACCCCUCUUUAAAUUGCAUGUUGCAUGUGGAUCAGGGCCAAACUAUUGUAGCUUCCCUAGCUGUUGUGGCUAGCAACACCAGUAGUAGUCAACCACAUUCUACUUUGCAUUUGCAGCAUUCAUGUAAGGAGGCAUCUAAUGGAAACAGCUCAAGUCAGAUGCAUAGCUCGUCCAUAUCGGAUUCUGGACAACAGAAUGUUGUGGGUGGAUGUAAAACAAAAGCAGUUGGGUCAACUGAUUUGAACUCUAAUAUAAUUGGGCUUCAUCAUGGAAACAAAAAACGUCCUAUGUAUUUUGUUGGUCUGAUAAGAAUGAAAAAAAGCAGCACAAUAAGGAUAUUUCGAUAUUGGGAAACCCUGAUUGCUGAAGCUAGAGAAGUUUCCGAGGAAGCUUUUGUUGAUUCUCCAUUAUUUGAAAGAAUAUCAGCUGAACCAUUGCUCCCUUUAGAGGAGAAGGUAGCACUGAUUGUCUCCCUACUGUUGUGGGAUAUUUGUAGAUUUGUCACUGCAGAUCCUGUUGUAGACGGGAAUUUUUCAUCUGUUUUUUCCUUGACUGUGAAAUCUUACAUGGAAACAAGAUGGGCAUUUCUGAAAAACAAUCAGCUGGAUUUUCAUGUCUCCUUAAUUGAGGAUUUUCUCGUGAAAAGAGAAAUUGUGGUCUGCGAUAAAAUGGGGCAUGCGAUUCCUGCCGUGAACAAAUACAGUCCCUUGGAUGAUGAGACUGGCAUACAAGUGUCUACUAAACCUGCCACCGUAGAUCAAUUCAUCUCUGGUUGUGCUCUGUUGGCUUCAAUAUGCGUUAAAAUGGAAACGAUGGACAUUGUUUUAGAGGUUUCAUACAAAGUUCUUCUGAUGGGAAAAAGUAAUGUGUCAUGGACACUGUUGGCUCUUCAUGUCAUUGGUUCUCUGUGUGGCGAUAAGUUUCUCUCUUCAAACAGUUGCAACUUUCUCAUGACAACUAUACGGCUGGUUGUCCUGCUUCUUGAGGCCACAGACAAUUCUUUGUGCCUUCUGUCAUCAUAUAUUCAGUCAAAUGGGCGAACUGGGUUUCCAACUUGUGCACAUUGCCUUUUUGAUGUGGAUACUGUUUCCAUAGAUGAAUUUAUCUCUUCUCUGCUGGAUGAGCUGGAUUUUUGUUCUCAGCAAUGGAACAGUUAUUCUACCUCAAAUAAGAUAAUUGCAAGAAGCAAUCCUCAUUUGGAAUCAAGUGGACUGGAUAUCAACUGUGGUGAACCUUGCUAUAUCUCCAAGCAAGUAAAUCUUACUGAGGAUAGUCAUCUCUGUACUGGAGGAAAGGACUUGUGCUAUUUUGCGGAGAUAGUUUCUUUGCUGGAAUUGUUUGGAAGUUACAUGAGCUGCGAAUGGACAUACAAUAAUGUUGUUGUUCGUCUCCUGAAGAUUUUGGAGUCAUGCACAUGUGAGGAGCAUUCUGCUGCUCUCUUAAUACUCAUCAGCCAACUUGGAAGGUUCUUUGUUGAUGAUGCUGGUUAUGAGCAGAGAGCAGUUAGUGACCUGAGGAAUAAAUUGUCAGUGCUAAUGAAAACAAAAUUUUCAAACUCAAGAACUAUACCCGCUCAGUUUUCUGCUGUUGGGGCAUUGCUUAGCCUCCUCCCAUUGACAUUUGACAAAAUAGUUGCACAUUCUGGACAAUUUCCAGAUCUGUAUGUUUUGCAAGCAAGGCAGAUCUCUGAAUGGUUUGGUCAGUUAAGGAAGGAGCAUCAAUCUUUAGCUUGUUCCUUUUUCAGUUGACUUUGUAGAUACUGGUGAAUUCAGGCAGUCAGUUUCAACCACUAUGUUAGAGUUGCCUCAUGAUUUGGCCUUUUACGGAAUGUUGAAGAAAUAUCAUGGUGUUUUUUUGGUUGCUCCUUGCUGGUAUGAUCCUGACAUAACAAAACCUUUUAAGAUAACCCCUCACCAUGGCAGCAUAUAGAUGAGAAUGUUCAUUCGCUUUGGAGACUGAUUUUUUUUCUUCAUACUUCAAUGUCCUGUUGCUGAAAUGUUGCAGGAAAAGAGACAGUGUCUAGUUUCUUGACUUGACGUGGAGAUGGAAAGAACCAUGAAAUUUUGACUUCGACUAAGAAUUGGAUUUCAAGUUGGCUCAGUAACAUCUGGGGUUGUCGAACCAAGGACUCCAAUCAUUGUUAAAUCAACCCAAUUAACCAAACUCAUUGUGUCUUUGCAAGGAUUAUGAUCGCCCUGAGCAUCUGAUAUGCCUGGUCUGAGAGGCUGCAUGACUGCUAUAACCUAGAUGGAUGGAAUUUUGCAUUUGUUAUAGUUGAAUAUUCUCUCAUGUAGCUUCAUUUCAGUGAAACUUGGUUGUACCAAAAUCAACGUGCUUGGUGAUUGGUACACUGGUUCCGUUUUUAGAGAACUAUAUAGGCUGGCAUAUUGGUCUACUUCACACCUGAGGUAGCUGGGUAUGGCUAGGCAUUUUUGCUAAUGAUUUUUUGCAGGGAGGUAGUUCAAAUUUUUGUGACCUCACCUUCCUAUCUUCUCAUUUUGUUGCCCUUUCUGACUGUAGAGGUAGAUUUACCAAGGAUCAAAAGAAGUUUUUUGCCCAAUGCGCUGGGCGUGUAACUUGUGUAAUUCAAUUUAUGAAGGCAAGUGAUUUUCAUGGUAGCAUCUCUACAAAUCUGAGUCAUAACUUUCCCAAUUUCU